UAUGUUUAAAAAGUGGCAACAUAAUCGUAACCAAGGUAACAAACAAGAUGCUUUAGAUUUCGUAGAGAUAGCGCUGUGAUUUAAAACUAUUGUUUUUGUUUCUUUUCACUGAGUGGAAACUUUAUUCUAUUCGAAUUUAAUGUGAUUUUAAAUAUUACUAAUAUAGUUGAAUACUUUUUCUUAAAUUAUGUCCGAAGAAGAAACUUCUAAAUUAUCUGUCAAUGAAAUUACUGAAGUAUCACAUGAAAACACCGAAGAACAAGACAGAAAAGUGGACACUGUAGGAACUGAUGAUCAAUUAAAAGAGAAUAAACAGAUUUUCCAGGAUGAAAAGGAUUUGAGUAAUCCUGAUGCGAAGGAAGAUAAAGAUCUCAGUUCUGAAAUUGUUGAUGAUAACGAAGUUAAAGAUCUAAAUACCGAAAUUGUUGAUGAUGAAGUUAAAGAAUCUCAAAAGAUUAAAAAGUCAGAUGUUCUCGGUUCCGAAGAAGACCACAAAAAAGAAGAAAUUGAUGUAUCUAACUGGCUUAUAAAAUGUGAAGAAUUUGACCCUGAGAGUCUGGAAGAAGAGCUUCAGAAACUAUCUGAAAAUGAGCUAAAAAAGCUUCUCAAAGCACUUAAGGAGAGUAAUACCCACUUAAUUAAAGAAAACAGUAUCUAUGAAUUUAUCUUGAAUGAAGAUGAAUUAGUUCAAAAUACUUUAGAAAUAUUAGAAAGGGAAGAUCAUCCAUCUAUCCACGAUGCAGCAUCGAGUAUGCUUUCUUAUCCAGAGAAAACUUACUUUGCAAGGAAAAAACUGCAGAGUAUUGAGAAAGAUUUUGAACUGAAAAAGGCUGGAGAUCUUCAUGAAUUGCAAAAUUUACAAUUUCAGCUGGAAUCACUGAAUAUUUUUUUGAAGAAUCUCAAAGAAGAAAAAGAAAAAUUUGUUAAAAAUAUUAGACUCGGAGGACGACAUCCAGUUACUGGAAAAGUUAUUCAACAAAAAGUUGCAAAAUAUUUUGAUGACAGUAUUGGAUCAAAAAUGGCUCAGCUGAACAGGUAUAAGAUACAAGUACAAAGUGAUAUAAUGGUGCGAAAUAAGAUUUUAUGUCAGAUCAAAACACAAGAAAAAAGACUAGCCUCUGUAGAUUUAACAGAAUUUCAGGAGACUCGAUUUCAGCACAUGAAAACAUGCAGAGCAUUAGCCAUACAUAGAGAGAAACUUGCAAAAGUUAAAUCACAAUUUAUUCCUCUGUUGCAGAGUUUGAGAGAAGUUAAGAAAGCAUUAGAGAGGGAAAAGUGUGCCAUGAAGGAAAUGCAGAUGUCUGCAUAUAAAGUAGCUCAUUUACAAAAGAUUGUAGCUUCUGAAAAAGCACGGAAUGAUCAAAAAAUUAAGGAACUAGAAGCAACUAUGCAAAAGAUAAAACUAGACCCUCGACGUCACAACUUACCAGAGGUAAUUGAUUAUGCUUCUCUAAAGAAAGAAAAUGCAGCUCUCAAGGAAAGUAUUAAAAAAUGGGGGAAAAAAGUAGCUUUAGCUGAAGUAAGAAUUUUUUCCCAAAGUCAUUAUUUGUAAGAUUGUAGAAAUGAAAUUAGCUUUUCAGUGUGCACCUUAAAUAUUAUGAUUUCUGAAACUACAUAAAAUUAUUUGUUAUGAUUCAGGUAACAUAUUCCAUGUCAUCAUCAAUAAUGCUGAUUCAUAACUUUAAUAUUAUUUACAUUUACAAUUAAUAUACUGUAAACAUUUAAACUGCAACACUGUGGGUGUAAACUUCAAAGAAUAUGCAAAUUGUAAAGUAGACACAGUGCGUUGAGUAUUACAGAUGAUGCAAAAUGCAUUGCAAUCUCACACAGGUGAAGCAAGAACUAAGCAAAUUCUGCAAAGUUGACAAUAGUUGCUCUGCUCUAUUGGUCAGAGUAAUCAUUUUGCAAAUUUUUUUCCUACCACAGAGGAAGUAUUAGUAUGGAGAAUGCUGAUAACUGAGGCAUUUCCUUACGCAGACGAGCACAUCGGGGGGGGGGGGGGUGUGGUCAUCAGACUGAGAAGAGCAGAUUUGUCCCUGUGCUGAAUCACAGCAGACAGGCAUCUAUAUGCAUCUGUGCUGCACCAGCUGUUGGGAAGAUGGUUGAAAGAAGGGAAUGUAGCACGUUCCAGGGGUGGGGGUGCUACCAGAGUGACAUCAGCAUAUGUGGACCAAUGCACCUGCACACAUGCAGUGGUCGUCUUGGUGGCCACUUCUUUUGAUAUUUUGCAGCACCUGCAAGAUACUGUUGAUGCUCCCAUAUUGAUGAGUGCCAUUAUUUGCUGAUUUGCAACUUAUGGCCUACACACUUAAUAUCCAUUAAGAAGGCUGCCUUUGAUCCAAGUGCACAGGUGCUUCUGUUUGUGAUGGUUUGGGGAUAGCGGCAUAUAGACUUUGGAAUGGCAUAAUGUAUUUUCCAAUGAGUCAUGCUUUUGUUUAAGCAAUGACAGUCAGUAUUUACAAGUCUGACCGCAAUGUCGAGACAGGUGCAAUCUGGCCGCGACUCUGGAAUACCACAUUGCAUAUCAUCGCCUAUGAGAGCAGAUCACCAUUAGUCUAUUGUUGGCAGUAUGGAGUUGCCCAAUGUGCAACAUGUGGUUGAUGUGCUCUAUCGUGGAACAUACCUUUCCUUCAGGUGGUGCUGAAUAUCAUUUGCCAGCUGGAUAACUCCCGACUCCACAUGAUAUUUUUCAGCCGACAUGCCCUGCAGGGUACCCAGAUGCUUCCCUGGCAACAUAUAAGCAUUCUGUAUUGUGCCACGCAUAUAGGGAAAAAUCCCUCCUAGUGAUUGUGUAUAGGUUUUGAAGACAUCAUUUACUCUAUGCUUAGGAACACUUUGCUUGGGCUUGAGUGUACACCUCCAUACCAUUUGUCUACGUGUUGAUAGCAAUACCGUAAAUAAUAUUAUGUCCAAUGUAUUUUUGCUGCUACGAGAUUACACUUCUUAUAACAUUGUAGUGUGAUGAAUAUAGUGAUUUUUUUCCCUCUGGAGAGAAAAUGUAUUAUAUCUUCUGCUAACUAUGUAAAUGUGUAUUAAUAUUAAGUGCAGAGAUUUUUAACAAAUGUAUUCUUAAUUUAAAACCUUUCAUAUUAAAUUUAUUGUGAUUAUUAAUUCACUAGCUCAUACCCGCCCACUUUGCUGAGCACGCUAUCUAAUUUAAUUAAAACCUAGACUUCUUAUAUGGAUGAAAUGUCUCAUUUCGAAACGAUAAGUAAUAUAAUUAUUUUAAAAUUUAACGUCGGGAAAUAUGGUGCCUGUCAGUGAAUCUGUCAUGCACAGAUUUCUCCAUCAUCCAUGAAGUACCAUGUAUUGGGAUGCAUCCCCAUUAUUUAAUGUGGCGGGAUCCCCUAUAGGCAUACACAGCAAAAAAUUGCCAACAUAAAACUAAGGUUUAUAUAUAUUUAACUGUUAUAAGUUUCAUGAAAACAAAUGUUAUCUUUUUAUUAUCCUUGUUAUCAAAUUUUGUAAUCAAUUAUAAUUA